UGGCUUGGCAGCUGAUUGGCAUGAACCGCUGUCUCGGACAAUGCUCUCCUUGGAAUGGGAAUCGGAGGGUCUGCAGACGGUGGGCAUCGUGGUGAUUAUCGUUGCGUCUCUGAAGCUGCUGCAUCUGCUUGGACUGAUAGACUUCUCCGAAGACAGCAUAGAAGAUGAAAUUGAAAUGGCCACCGUGCGGCAUCGGCCGGAAGCCCUUGAGCUGCUGGAAGCACAGAGCAAGUUCACCAAGAAGGAACUUCAGAUUCUAUAUCGGGGAUUCAAAAAUGAGUGUCCCAGUGGGAUUGUUAAUGAAGAGGCCUUCAAAGUGAUUUACUCUCAGUUCUUCCCACAGGGAG